GGACGAUGGAGCCAGGCUCUUGUGGUGACAACCAGUGACAGGACAAGGGGCAAUGGGUGCAAACUGGAACACAGGAGGUUCCAGUGAAAGAGGAGAAGCAACUUGUUGGGGUGAGGGUGGCAGAGCCUGGCCCAGGCUGCCCAGGGGGGUUGUGGAGUCUCCUUCUGUGCAGACAUUCCAACCCGCCUGGACACCUUCCUGUGUAACCUCAUCUGGGUGUUCCUGCUCCAUGGGGGAUUGCACUGGAUGAGCUUUCCAGGGCCCUUCCAACCCCUCACACUCUGUAAUUCUGUGAUUUCAAGCCUCCUCUGGAGCGCAGCACACACAGGACAGGCCUCAUGAGCAUGAGGCAUCUUAUGCUCUGAGCGAUUGGUUUCCCUCCCAGAAUCGAGCUGUUUGGCUUGUUUGGGACACACAAUCUCCUUUAGAUAGAUUUUAGAGCAAAUAGAACAACCGUAAAUUACAUGGUGCCGGAGCCGAGUUUACCGUCGGGGCUUGGAGGAAGCUCAGCCCUUUCCUGGUUACUCACUCCCUUGCUCACUCGUCCUGUUCUGCGUGUUGUGUGUCACACGUCCCCAUGUGUCCCGCACCCCUCCCGGCUCCAGACCCAAGACGUCCCCAUCGACUCCUGGCUCAGCCUUCCCUCCUGUAACUGCUACAUUGGUCGUUUCCUCAAAACUAAUUCAUGGUAGUUCUCUAGCAGCUUAAUAAAGAAUUACUACCACUUGUAGAGUUUGUGCACGUUAGGCCCGUAGUACGUAUAAGACCCUUUUAUUUUUAAUGAGUUAUUCUUUAAUAUUUACAUAAUUCUCUACAUUCUUCAGUGUAAGUAAAGAAAAGCUUCAUAUAGUAUUAUAGUACUUAAUUUACCCAUUAAUUCAGCUGUAAUUGUUGAAAGCUUAGAGCUUCAUAAAUAAAUGAGAUUAUUUGUUCAAAAUGCCAUCAGGUCUGCUUGGCAUGACAUUUAAAUUAAAUAAUGUAAAUCAGUUUGACCUGUAAGCCCUUGUCGUUAUUUGGUGACAUUUCUUACAGAAUAAACAGUUUGCAGGUUGGGCAGUGUGGUGUGGAGCGUGGCAGAAAGCUGUAAAAACAAGUUAUCCUGUCAUUUUACACAUCGUUUGGAAAAAUUCCUUCGUUUUUCUAUAAUAGAGGAGCAUCAUUCCGUGGCUCGGAGCACAUCAGCUGCCUUGGAUACAGAGUUAGAUGAAUGAAAUAGGUAAAGUGAGGCAGGGUCGGGUGGUCUGUAAACCCUGAAGUACCAACCACUGGGGAACAGGGGAGGGAAAUUGUGGGGGGAUAUAAACAGGGGCUUUUUGCCCUAUUCUGUGUGCCGACCUUUAGGUAGAACACCCACUCUUGCAAAAUCACUAUUAAAAUCUGCUUUUUUAUAACAACAGAAGGACAAAAGCACCUUCCCUCGUGUCAGAUCUGGCUUAUUCUUCACUUUAUUCUCCUCCAUCAGAGAACUUCCCAGCGCCCAUGUCCCCGCUUGCGUCAGCGCUGCGCGGGAGCUCAGGUGUGACGUCGGAGAUCAGCAGAGAGGUGACUAAAAUGAAACUCGCUCUUUGCAAAGGCGUUGGUGGCCGCUGGCUCUUCUCGCGACGUGCCCGCGCUUGUGCACGCAAAUAUUCAGCCAAAUUAAAGUCUUACAGGACUUACGGCGGGCAGGGCUGAGGCUGGAUGAAGGUACCCACGGCGACGGGGCGAUUCACACAGACAGACACGCAGACACAGAGUUCUUGUCAGCAGCAAGAGCAGAGCUGAGCAGACUUUUAUUAACAGUUCUCUAUUUUCAGCUUUACAGGUACGGACCUGGACGAAGAGGUUAGACAGGAUGUUUUCUCAACAAACACCCCAAACACACCACGUUCACGCUGUGUCUGUUUUCAGCCACGUUCCCAUGUGUAUCUUGUGGGUGGCGUUCCGACCCGCUCAUUCACACAUCGUACACAUGGGGGCGGUUUUCUGACCCGAGAUAUCGUUCUCACUGGGCUAUCACUCCUUACACUCAUAAAAAACAUAUUUCUGUAUAACCUGCUCAAGGCUGUUUAGCUGGAACUGCUCGUCCUGCUGUUCCCACAGGUACCAGCUUGGCCGACACGCUCCAAACGCCUGUUAUUAUUAUUUGACCCCAUUCCCGGCGCUGUCCCCAGGUACCAGGACCCCCUCGCUGCCCUGGGGUGCUGCUCGGAUCUCUUUUCACCUCCGGGACAGCAGGAUGGUGUCCAUCGCUCUGGAGGUGACGUGCAGCCUCGUCGUCUGGCUGGCCCUGUACGCCUGUUUGUGCUUCUGGAACAAGCACCGAUCCUGCGAGUGGAGCUGCCGCUUGGUCACACUGCUGCACGGCGUCAUUGUCACCGGCCUCUCGGGUUACGCUGCUCUCCUGGAUGGCCCCUGGGCUCUGACCCACGCAGGUUCACCAAACACACCUCUUCAGAUCCACGUGCUGUCCCUGACCUUGGGUUACUUUCUCUUUGACCUGGGCUGGUGCCUUUAUUUCCAGACAGAAGGGGAUCUAAUGCUGUUCCAUCACACGCUGAGCAUCUGCGGCAUGAUCAUGGUGCUGGGGCUCGGGAAUUCUGCUACGGAAGUCAACGCUGUUUUAUUUGUUAGCGAGAUCACCAACCCGCUGCUCCAGACCCGCUGGUUCCUGCGGGAAAUGGGGUGUUAUUACACUUUCCUGGGAGAGCUGGUCGACUUCUUGUUUGUUCUGCUCUUCGUGGUGCUGCGGAUGGGAGGAGGAGCUCUGGUCAUGUACGCCAUGGUGACGGCCCCUGGUACCAGCUGGCUCCUCAAGGCCGGAGGCCUGGCCAUGUACGUGGUGUCCUUGGGGUUCAUGGUUGAAAUCUGCCGCUUUGUUAAGAGGAAAAUGGUGAAAAAAUACCAUUCCUGGACAAGCCUGAGGAGUGUGAAUGCACCUGUGAAAAGUAACGGGCGCUUAGCAGGUCAUUAAUGGUAGUCCCUUGGGCUAGGUUCCUGGCCACUGAGGGCUAUUUCUGUGAAAAGAAC